CUUGAACUCAUGAACCAUGAGAUCAUGACCUGAGAAAAAACCAAAAUUCUGAAGCUCAACCAACUGAGCCACCCAGGUGCCCCAGGUCUAAUGCCUUUUUUUAUUAAACUAAGUCUCAAAAUGUCUCAGUGAGCAGUGUCCCUUACAUAGAGUUGGGAUUCUUACUUUCUGUGUUCUCCUAGCACCCUAGGGUGUACUUAUAUCAUGUUAUUGUAAUUAUUUAUUUACUUGAUUAUGUGAUAUUUUAUCGUGAGUUGCCUGAGAGCAGCUUUUUACAUAAUUCAAAGAGAUCUUCAGUGACUUGCAGUAUAUUCAAUAAAUGUUGAAUGGAUGAAUGAAUAAUUAAUAUGGUAUUUCCAGAAUAAUGAUCCUUUUAAGGUACCUCUAACAAAAACCCCUUGAAAGAUGGUAGAAUUUAGUUUUUAAAAUAUAUAUAAUUUAUAUUUUCAUUCACUACUAUAGAUAAUCACAGAGGCAUAAAAUCGCCAAGACAACUUGACAGUCAUUUCCAAUUUUAUUUUCCUGGGGUUUACUCCUUACCCCAAAGUUGAGGUCAUCAUAUUUGUGCUGUGCUUGCUGAUGUACCUGAUCACCCUGCUGGGUAAUAUCAUUCUGAUCUCCAUCACCAUCCUGGAUUCCCACCUACACAAACCCAUGUACUUCUUCCUCAGCAACCUCUCCUUUUUAGACAUCUGGUACACCUCUUCUGCUCUCACUCCAAUGCUGACAAACUUUGUUUCAGGGAAAAACACCAUCUCAUUCUCAGGAUGUGCCACUCAGAUGUACUUUUCUCUUGCCAUGGGCUCCACUGAGUGUGUGCUCCUGUCCACGAUGGCGUAUGACCGGUAUGUGGCCAUCUGCAAUCCUCUGAGAUACCCCAUCAUCAUGAACAAGAGGGCUUGUGUGCAGAUUGCCGCUGGCUCCUGGAUGACAGGCUGCCUCACCGCCCUGGUGGAAACAGUAUCUGUGCUGCAGCUGUCUGUCUGUGGAAGUGGCAUCAUCAAUCACUUCACUUGUGAAAUUCUGGCUGUGUUGAAACUAGUUUGUGUGGAUACUUCCAGGGUGCAGUUGAUCAUGCUGGUGAUCAGCGUACUUCUUCUUCCUAUGCCGAUGCUCCUCAUUUGUGUCUCUUACGCAUUCAUUCUCUCCAACAUCCUGAGAAUCAGCUCAGUGGAUGGUGGAAGCAAAGCCUUUUCAACAUGCGCAGCCCACCUGACUGUGGUGGUUUUGUUCUAUGGGACAGCUCUCUCCAUGUACCUGAAGCCCUCCGCUGUAGAUUCACAGGAAAUAGACAAAUGUAUGGCUUUGGUAUAUGCUGGAUUAACCCCCAUGUUGAAUCCUAUCAUUUAUAGUUUACAGAACAAAGAGGUAAAAGUAGCUGUGAAAAAAUUGCUGAUUAGGAACCCUCUGUGUGCUUUUUUAAUCCCCCAGAGCAAAUCAUAACAUUAGUCUAAGGGAUGUAUUGAUGUGUUCAAUAUGCACCAGAACAUUGGACUAAGAGGGGAAGACACUCAUUUUAAAUAAGAUGUGUGAUUUAAAUAAAGAUGUGUGAUUUAAGUUCCCUCCUUGACCGACUGCUGAAGCUCUAAUAUAGACAUAUCUUACAUAAGCAUAUCUGAAAUCUUACAUAAAUAGACUUAUGAUGACAAACUUCAAUUUUAUUUUGGGUUAUAGACUGUAAGUAUAGCUUUAAACAUUAAGCUAGUGUAUUGUUAGUAUUCAAAAUUAUGUACAUGUAAUAUACAAAUGUAAUAGCUAUAGUAGACUUUUUAGAUAAUUUAUUAUUAACCUUUGUUUUAGGCUGAAUUGUGUCCCUGCAAAACUUUUGUUGAAGCUCUAACCCACCAGUACUUCAGAAUGUAUUUACAUUUGGAGAUAAGGCCUUUAAAGUGUGAUUAAGUUAAAAUGAGGCUAUCAGUGUGGGCCCUCAUUACAAUUGGACUUAUGUCAUUAUAAGAAAAAAUUUAAGAAAUUUAGACACACAUGGGUACUCCAGGGUUGCUCACACACAGGGGAAAAGACCUAGCAAGAAAGCGGCUAUCUGAAAGCCAGGGAGAGGCUUCAGAAGAAAUCAAAUCUGCCAACACUUUAAUCUUGGUCUUCUAUCCUCCAGAACUAUGAGAAAGUCAAUUUCUGUUGUUCAGGCAAUCCAAUCUGUGCUAUUUUGUUAUGGUAGUAUUAGGAAACCACUACAACCUCUUUUAAGCAUUGCUAAAUUUAAUGGGAGUAAUUGCAUAUUCUACAAAGUAUAACUGUGUUUUACAUGUGUGGAAAUAUUUGUGGAUGCAGAUAGAUGUGUGUGAUGUGAAUUUCUAUGUACAAAUGGAGAAGGUCUGCACAAAUAUAUACUGAAUAAAAAUGGGGUAGAGGGAUGCUAGUCUGCAAAAAUAUCAGAGAGUUUAGCAGUUUGUUGUUGGUCUUUGAGUGCUGACAUUAAUUUCGUAAAUUCAAAGAAGCUGCAGGAUAUUUCAGUGAAACUACAAGCACCCUUCCCUUUAUUAUUGUGCUUUCCCCUGACACCUAGAUGCUUAGAUCCAAGGGUAUAAAUGAAGCUAUAAGCAUUUAGAAACAAAAUACAUGAUAUAUUUAUAUUAUAAAAUAUACAGUAUCCCAAACCCACUAAAAUGGUUAGAAAUGCUGAAAUAUAUGACAUAUCUUAUUGUAUAAGCCAUAAUAUCCAAAGAACUUAAAAAUGUACACUCAUCAGUAUUUGUAACAUUUGUAUGUCCUUUCUGGACCAGAUGACUAAAUGUGAGGUCAGUGUGCAAAACUUAUUUGCUCUUUAUCAUGAAGUUGUCACAAGAGUCAAUAAAAUUGUGAUGGCUUGGAUCCGGAAAGCAAUGGUAUGAAGAAGAUAGGAUGAAUAUGGGAAUUACCGGGUUGUAGGGCUGGAUUCGAUUUCUCAGAUAUGAAUAAACAGUCAUCAAAGAUGAUUGGUCCAUUGGUGUAAGUAAAGAACUCUGAUGCAGUCGUUGAUUGGAUGACAUGAGUAGCGUAAGGAUGAUGACUUCACAAAGAUAGGGAUGUAAGUCGGUUGACUGGUUGGCUGUGCAUUGAUGGUUAGACUGACAGGUGAAGACAGAUUUGUGAAAUCUGGGCAAGAAAUUAGGUCUAAAGCUAUAUAUAUGUUGGGAAAUCUUUUGCAAAGAGAUGUAAAUUGAGUACUAGGUGUGGAUGUUUUCUAAGGUAAUUUAGGGCAAUUAUCUAUAAGAUUUUGGUUAUGUUUUCCUGUUAUUGGUCAGAACUGUGGUAAAGGUGAAAGAAUAGUACUCAUGGGAUCUAGAGUAAAUUAUCCAAAGUAUACAGAAAUGCUGAUUCAAAGGGGCACAUGCACCCCAGUGUUUAUAGCAGCACUAUCAACAAUAGCUAAAUUAUUGAAAGAGCCCAAAUAUCCAUUGACUGAUGAAUGGAUAAAAAGAAAAUGGCAUAUAUAUACAAUGGAAUAUUACUUGGUGAUCAGAAAGAAUGAUAUCUUGACAUUUGUAAAAUGCUUGCAACUGAUGUGUAUUAUGCUAAGCAAAGUAAGUCAGGCAGAGAAAUACAAAUAUCAUAUGAUUUCACUCAUACGUGUAAUUUAAGAAACAAAACAGAUAAUGGGGCCCAGGGUGGC